GGCCCGGCUUCCCGCGAGCGUCGCUCCGUGGUGCGGGCCGCAUCUGGUUGGGUCUCCGUCGAGCGGGCUGUGGUGGACGCCGGGCGGCGAAGGCCGUUCCCGAGCCGCGGCUUCGAGGCGGUUCCCGGUGGCUGAGGCAGCAGGGCACGGGCCCGACACGGCCGCGACCGGCGGCUGGGGCAGCAGGGCACGGGCCCGACACGGCCGCGACCGGUGACGUGGGCCGGGCGAGGAGUGGCCUGCAGUGUGAGUGGCUGAGGCCACAAAGACACCCAGACAGCAGACUGCACCACUGUGCAUCCAGCACUCCCAGCUUCCGGUUCCUGAAUCAGCAAAAAAACUCAACCUUAAAACCCUUUCUUCAGAACACUCAGCUCCCAGCAUUCGCCGUGGGCGGGGUUCUCCUUUGACCUCGCACAAGCUCAUACUGCACACCUGGGGCUCUGUUACUGCUAACGAGAAGAUGGCGAUGCCCGCGGCAACGGUAGUGGUUCCCACUGAGUGGAUCAAGAACUGGGAGAAAUCUGGGAGAAGCGAGUUUUUGCGUUUAUGCCGGAUUCUCAGUGAAAGUAAAAGCCGCGACACUUUGGCUUGUAGAGAUUUUCAACAAGCUCUCUAUGAGUUGUCAUACCAUGUCAUUAAAGGAACUUUAAAGCCGGAACAGGCAUCCAGUGUUCUCAGUGACAUCAGUGAAUUUCGUGAAGAUAUUCCACUUAUUCUUGCUGACAUAUUCUGCAUAUUAGAUAUUGAGACGAAUUGUUUAGAAGAAAAGAACAAGAGAGAUCAUUUUACACAGUUGGUAUUAGCAUGUUUAUAUUUAGUUUCAGACACGGUUCUAAAGGAACGCUUGGAUCCAGAAACAUUGGAGUCAUUAGGCCUUAUCAAACAAUCACAGCAGUUCAAUCAGAAGUCAGUUAAAAUCAAGACGAAACUCUUUUACAAACAACAGAAGUUCAAUUUGUUAAGAGAAGAAAAUGAAGGUUAUGCCAAGCUUAUUGUUGAAUUGGGGCAAGAUUUAUCUGGAAAUAUUACUAGUGAUUUAAUCUUAGAAAUUCUCAAAUCUUUAAUAGGUUGCUUUAAUCUAGACCCCAAUCGAGUUUUGGAUAUCAUAUUAGAGGUGUUUGAGUGUCGGCCAGAACACCAUGAUUUCUUUAUAUCUUUAUUAGAAGCUUACAUGAAUAUGUGUGAACCACAGACAUUGUGUCAUAUUCUUGGGUUCAAAUUCAGGUUUUACCAGGAACCAAAUGGUGAGACUCCAUCAUCUUUGUAUACAGUGGCAGCAGUACUUCUGCAGUUUAACCUUAUCGAUUUGGAUGAUCUUUAUGUACACCUUCUUCCAGCUGACAGUUGCAUUGUGAAUGAAUACAAACGAGAAAUUGUGGAAGCUAAGCACAUUGUCAGAAAACUUACAAUGGUUGUAUUGCCUUCUGACAAAAGUGAUGAACGAGAGAAAGAAAAGAAAAAAGAUGAUAAAGUAGAAAAGGCACCUGACAAUCAAAAACUUGGUUUGUUGGAAGCCUUGUUAAUUAUUGGUGAUUGGCAGCAUGCACAGAGUAUUAUGGAUCGAAUGCCGCCGUACUAUGCAGCGUCACAUAAAGUAAUAGCCCUUGCUAUUUGCAAUCUUAUACACAUAACUAUUGAGCCUCUUUACCGAAGAGUUGGUGUUCCUAAAGGUGCUAAAGGCUCACCUGUCAAUGCUUUACAAAACAAGAAGUCACCAAAGCCAGCAGAGAGCUUUGAAGACUUAAGGAGAGAUGUAUUCAGUAUGUUCUGUUAUCUUGGUCCCCACCUUUCUCAUGAUCCCAUCUUAUUUGCAAAGGUUGUGCGCAUAGGCAAGUCAUUUAUGAAGGAAUUUCAGUCUGAUGGGAAGCAAGAAAAUAAAGAGAAAAUGGAAGUCAUCUUUAGUUGUUUGCUUAGCAUCACUGACCAGGUACUACUUCCAUCUCUUUCUUUGAUGGAUUGCAAUGCGUGUAUGUCAGAGGAACUAUGGGGAAUGUUUAAAACAUUUCCUUAUCAGCAUAGAUACCGCUUAUAUGGCCAGUGGAAGAAUGAGACUUACCAUAGUCACCCACUUUUAGUAAAAAUUAAAGCUCACACAGUAGACAGAGCCAAGUACAUUAUGAAGCGUUUAACCAAGGAAAAUGUGAAGCCUUCAGGAAGACAGAUUGGGAAACUGAGCCACAGCAAUCCAACCAUUUUGUUUGAUUAUGUCUUGUCACAAAUACAGAAAUAUGAUAACUUAAUAGCGCCUGUGGUGGACUCAUUGAAAUACCUCACUGCGUUGAGUUACGAUGUUCUGGCCUACUGUAUCGUUGAAGCGCUGGCUAACCCAGGAAAAGAAAGGAUGAAGCACGACGACACCACCAUCUCAAGCUGGCUGCAGAGCCUGGCUAGCUUCUGCGGUGCAGCUUUUCGUAAAUACCCGAUUGACCUUGCUGGUCUUCUUCAGUAUGUAGCCAAUCAAUUAAAGGCAGGCAAAAGUUUUGACCUGCUUAUAUUGAAAGAAGUGGUUCAAAAAAUGGCAGGAAUAGAAGUUACAGAGGAAAUGACAAUGGACCAGCUAGAGGCUAUGACCGGUGGGGAGCAACUGAAAGCUGAGGGUGGAUAUUUUGGCCAGAUAAGAAACACUAAGAAAUCCUCUCAGAGAUUGAAGGAUGCACUGCUGGACCAUGACCUUGCCCUUCCUCUCUGCUUGCUUAUGGCCCAGCAGAGGAAUGGCGUGAUCUUUCAGGAAGGCGGAGAGAAACAUUUGAAGCUUGUAGGGAAGCUGUAUGACCAGUGUCAUGAUACUUUGGUACAGUUUGGUGGAUUUUUAGCUUCAAAUUUAAGCACAGAUGAUUACAUAAAGAGAGUACCUUCAAUUGAUGUACUGUGUAAUGAAUUUCAUACGCCCCAUGAUGCAGCUUUUUUCCUGUCUCGGCCAAUGUAUGCGCACCAUAUUUCAUCAAAGUAUGAUGAACUUAAGAAAUCAGAAAAGGGUAGUAAACAGCAACAUAAAGUUCAUAAAUACAUUACAUCAUGUGAGAUGGUGAUGGCUCCUGUCCAUGAAGCAGUGAUCUCCUUACACAUUUCCAAAGUCUGGGAAGAUAUCAGCCCUCAGUUUUAUACCACGUUCUGGUCUCUGACAAUGUAUGACCUUGCAGUUCCACACACUAGCUAUGAACGAGAAGUCAAUAAACUUAAGAUCCAGAUGAAAGCAAUUGAUGACAAUCAAGAAAUGCCUCUAAAUAAAAAGAAAAAAGAGAAAGAGCGCUGUACUGCCCUUCAGGACAAGCUUCUUGAAGAAGAAAAGAAACAGACGGAGCAUGUGCAGCGAGUUCUACAGAGACUGAAAUUGGAAAAGGACAACUGGCUCUUAGCAAAAUCUACUAAAAAUGAGACCAUCACAAAGUUUCUCCAGCUGUGUAUAUUUCCUCGUUGUAUUUUUUCAGCAAUUGAUUCUGUUUACUGUGCACAUUUUGUUGAGUUGGUCCACCAACAGAAGACUCCAAAUUUCUCCACACUUCUCUGCUAUGAUCGAGUUUUCUCUGAUAUAAUUUACAUGGUUGCUAGCUUUACUGAAAAUGAAGCUAGUCGAUAUGGUAGAUUUCUUUGCUGCAUGUUAGAGACGGUGACUAGGUGGCAUAGCGACAGAUCCACCUAUGAGAAGGAAUGUGGAAACUAUCCAGGAUUCCUUACUAUAUUACGAGCAACUGGAUUUGAUGGUGGAAAUAAAGCAGAUCAGUUAGAUUAUGAGAAUUUUCGACAUGUUGUACAUAAAUGGCAUUAUAAACUAACCAAGGCAUCGGUACAUUGCCUUGAAACAGGUGAAUAUACUCAUAUCAGAAAUAUCUUGAUUGUGCUCACAAAAAUACUGCCAUGGUACCCCAAAGUUUUAAAUCUGGGACAGGCUUUGGAAAGAAGGGUACAUAAAAUCUGCCAAGAAGAGAAAGAAAAGAAGCCAGAUCUGUAUGUACUAGCGAUGGUCUACUCUGGGCAGCUGAAAAAUAGAAAGUCAUACAUGAUACCUGAAAAUGAAUUUCAUCACAAAGAUCCUCCUCCAAGAACUGCUGCUUCAAGUGUACCAAAUGGACCUUGUAGCGGGCUGCCAUCUUCCAUAGGAAACACGUCUAAGUCAGAUGAGAGCAGCACUGAGGAGACUGACAAGUCAAGGGAAAGGUCUCAGUGUGGCCUAAAAGCUGUCACUAAAGCCUCUAGUGCCCUACCAAAAGGGAGUUCAAACAAUGGAAACAGCGGCUCCAACACCAAGGCUGUUAAGGAAAAUGACAAAGAAAAGGGGAAAGAGAAGGAAAAAGAGAAAAAAGAAAAGACCUCAGCUGUUACUCCAGAAGUUAGGGUACUUUGUAAAGACAGUAAAGAGAAACCCAAGGAAGAGCAGCCAAAUAAAGAUGAGAAAAUAAGAGAGACCAAGGAAAGAAUGCCUAAAUCUGACAAAGAUAAGGAAAAAUUAAAGAAGGAGGAAAAAGCUAAAGAUGAGAAGUUCAGGAUCACUGUUCCUAACAUAGAUUCAAAAUCCACUCAAGAAAGAGAAAAAGAGAAAGAGCCAUCAAGAGAAAGAGAUUUAGCAAAGGAAAUGAAAUCAAAAGAAAACGUUAAAGGAGGAGAAAAAACAACAGUUUCUGGGUCCUUGAAAUCACCUGUUUCCCGAACAGAUAAUGCAGAGCCCGAAAGAGAAAAACGUCGCAAGGUAGAUUCCCAUCCUUCUCCAUCCCAUUCUUCCACAAUAAAGGACAGUCUCAACAAACUCAAGGAGUCUUCAGCAAAGCUCUACAUCAACCAUGCUCCACCACCGUUGUGCAAGAGUAAGGAGAGAGAAAUGGACAAGAAAGAUUUGGACAAGUCGAGGGAAAGAUCCAGAGAGAGAGAAAAAAAAGAAGAAAAGGACCGGAAAGAGCGGAAAAGGGAUUAUUCAAACAAUGACCGGGAAGUGCCUCUAGACUUAGUCAAAAGGCGGAAAGAUGAAAAUGGAAUAUUGGGGACAUCAAAGCACAAAAGUGAAAGCCCCUGUGAGUGUCCUUAUCCAAAUGAGAAAGACAAGGAAAAAAAUAAGUCAAAAUCCUCAGGCAAAGAAAAAGGUGAUUUCUUCAAACCUGAAAAGGUGGAUAAAGUAUCCAGUGGGAAAAAGGAGUCUGGACAUGAUAAAGAAAAGGUAGAAAAGAAAGAGAAAUGGGACAGUUGUGGAGAUAAGGACGAGAAGAAGCAUCAUAAGUCCUCAGACAAACACAGAUAAUGAAGACUUUGAGCCAAGAGUGGGCAGGCCUCCAAGCUGAAGGGCUCCCAGCAGAGGAUGCCAGAGCUCUGGGUCACUCUCAAAACUUAAUUACGAGCUCCUGGUGCUGUUCAUCUUAUGAGAAUCUGCGUUACAUCAGAAGAUGAAUAUGCAUCCCCAUCCUCUUGAGACAUUGCAAAGUCAAUGGUUUUCAGAACAUUAUUUUCACCUCCAGGCAGUUUCUUGCAGCAAGAUCCCUGUGCGUACAUUUUUUUUUUCUUGAAAUGACACCAUCCAGAAAUAGCAUUUAUGAAAUUUUCACCAGCUGAUUCUUGGAUCACCCUUGGAAAGGAAAAAGGAAUUCUCUUUUCUUCAAUGGAAGACUUCUGGGAGGGCCUGCUGUGCGUUUGCCAAUAUAUAAGAAGUAGGCUAUGGUGCGUUGUUGAAGUUACUGUUCUGCCUUCAAAGAGUGAUUUAGUACCAGUUAUAGAAAAUAUCUUGCAGGUGCCUUGCAACUCUUUAGGUCUUCAGAGAUUCAUUACCUAUUUAAUCUCCAUAGCAAACUACAAGUUCCUAGAUAGCAUAAGCACAUCCUCAAUCUGCGGUGCCGUUUCCUAUGUACUACUUCAUCGCACAUCAUUCCUAAGAAAAAUGUGUGCAGCUCCUACUGUGUGCCAGACCCUGUGCGCAGAUAACCUCCUCUUCCUCACAGAAGGCCCCUGAGCUCUUCAAAUUCAUGUUCUAACAGGACUAUGAGCCAGCUCUCACAAGCAUGUAAUGCUGUGCUGAAGACCUCUGUAGCUUUGCUGUUAUGUUCUUCACUGUUUGUGGCACACUCUCAGUUGGCAUAGCUCGUCUUUGGCACUUAAUUGGAUGACUUAAGUGCCUUCCAAGAAUACUUACAGUAUAGCAGCGAACCCUGAGUAGUGUGGUCCUCUGAGUUGUGGUCUCCUGCAGCCUGGGACGACAUGAGCAGAGGAAUGGAACAUUCCAUUGCAGUGUGGUGUCCCAGUCCCAGAUGUUGAUCAUAAGGCAUGAGAUCAUGGAGCUGGAAGAGACAAGAGACAGGUGGUGACAGAGAGGUCACAGGGAGCAGAUGUCUGCUGGUGCCGCACCAAUGGUAGGAGUGUUGGAGCUGAUGAUGCGGCGCCCCCUUCAGGUCAGCAUCUUCAGAUGACAGUGAGACCCAGAAGUCCUCCCGCUCCUUCCAGUCUGCAGUGGACCUAGAAGUCGGAGAUGAAAAUGGAGGUGCCAGGAUCCACAUGUGGUAAUCCACUGUGUGGUUCUGAGUGGAUUUGCCAUAACAAGUACAUGAUUUAUGCCUGAUAAUCAUAUGAUGCUGGUCUUUAUAACUAAUCAUUAAUCUUCUGCACUUGAUUUUAUUUUCUAUAAACUUUAUUUAUGGAUGGAAGAAGGAAGACUUCCUCACAUGACAGAUCUAGACUUUGAAAUAUUGAACCAAGAAAAAAAAAACAACUGGAAAGUAUGUUGAGAAGUACGCCCAAUUGCUGCCCUGCCUAAUUCUGUUCAGGAGACAAUGAAGUAGCUUUUUAAAGCUGGAACUGCAAAGACUCCUGAGUACACUUCCAGCCACAAGUCAGCAUUGCCAUUCUUAGCCGGUGUGUAGAAGGAAAGGAGGGCAUUUCUUUCCAUGCUGCCGGAACUAUGUGGUUGUGCAUGUCAGGCGCCCUCUACUGGUAAACUUUAAACCAUACGGAUAAACCAUAGUGUGGCCAUGUCCCCAUUGUGCUGGAGUUUGUAUCAAUAGUUAAGAUGUUAAAACUACGCUCUUUUUUUGCCUACUUUCUCAUAACUGAUAUCUGUGGGACUAGCUGUAUUUCUUGGUUUUUUGUAUUGUUUAGCUCUAUAAAAUGGCCCCAGAAGAUCUCCAAAUAGUGUCUCUAACUACAACAAAGGAGAAUUGUAUGGUUCCUUAAAUUCAUACUAAGUUUGAUUUGGGACAAUUUGCUUAGUGUGAAUGUUUUCAUGUCUUUUUCAUGUCUCAGUUUAUUUGAAACUCAAUAUUCAAAGCUCUCUAGUAGAACCAACUUAUUAAAUGUUACUUUAGUGUAUAGUGAAGUGUUCAGUUAAGAAACUGUUCAAGAAUGAGACUUUGUUUUGAAAUUCAUUAUGAAUCAUAAAGCAAAAGUCAUAGUUUUUCAGAGACAUGGUCUCAGAUAUUUUUGGUCCGGUAUGUCAGAAUAGAAUUUAUAAUACAAAGUCUGCUUUAAUUAAAAGACUUUUUUUGCUGCAAGUCCCAUCUGUUCUCAGAAAGCAUCAGGUAGAGUUUGCAUUAGUAGAAGAGGGAGGCUUCUACUGACUCUGUACAUGUCUGUUCUCAACUAGAGGGGAUGGUUUUCCUCUGUGUGUCGUAUGGGCCUCUGCCAUCUGAGGGGAUAAGAAGGAUACAGUUGAGGACGGGUGAUUUACCCUCAGCUCUAGAGGCCAGUAGAGAAACCCUAUUUUUAGUGCUUGUCUUACAUUCUUGUAUUAAUUACUAGACUAUAUCAGUCAUGUCUCCAAUGAAACAGGAGCCGACAAGUCAGUUAAUGAAUGAAACAUCUGAUUUUAAUGGGAUUUUCAUAUGUUUCAUCUCCAUCUCUUCUAUGAGUAUGGUGAACAAGUGCUUCCUUCCUAGGUGGUAAAGUUUAUCUUCCAUGCAUAUUGAGUUUAUAUAUUUAUCAUGUAUACCUGCUGUUACAUGAAAACAACUUUCAACUUGAAGUGCGGCCGUUAUGUGGUAUCCAUGUUUAUUGAUCAUGCGCCACAUAUUUACUGCAGUCCCUAAAGAGUAUUUAUGAUAUAUAUUAUGUACUGUUUUAUUAUAAUAUUGUACAAAAAUUCUUUACUUUUACCCAUGAGUGCCAUCUCUUUGUUUUUUGGUUUGUUUGGGUUUUUUCUUCUUGAGUCAAAGAAUAAAAGUUUAAUCCCUUUCCUCUACCUUGCCCUCUGUUGGUGUGAGUAGGAAGUGAAUUGUUCAAAUCUCUGCAAUUAGAAUUUCAGAAGUAGGGGAUUCUGGUCACUUGACUUAAUAAAGAUUACAUAUAUAAUAAAUUUGUCUAUUUUUUAAUUAAAAGCAAUUAAGUUUUCCCUUUAUUAGAGUAUUAGUAAUAGCCUAGACUGUGACAAUGUCUGUAUGUGUGGGAUGGGGCACACAAUGAAACAAGCCUGCAUAUGAUAGCAAGUGCUUGUAACCAACCAGCAGCAUUGCUUGAGGCUGUUACUCAGGUGUCUUACUCUUCAGAUCCCUUAGAGCUGCAGCCUGAGACAGCUGAAGGGCAGGUACCUUUGGGACGGUGGAUGAUAGUGGCUGAGGCAGACUGGAAAGGGAGGUGUACAGAGGGUGUGUUGUCAAGGUGGCUAGCACUGCAGGCUGUUAGAACUGUAGUUUCUUUUUGCUAUUCUGGGAAACACUAAAACACACAGUUCAGACAUACCCCGUUUGAGGAAGUGGGUUUCAAAGCUAUUCUGGGGAGAAUGGUAGCUAUUUCAUGCAGUAAUCAGAAGCCCUUGGUGACGUGUGAUCCAGAAAAGAGCUGUAGCUGAACAUGAUGGCGCCUGACUGCAGUCUCAGCUCCUGAGAGGUAGAGGCAGAAGGAUCCACAGUGUAGGGGCAGCCUGGGCUACGAGACUGGCUGAAGAAAAAGUAGAGAAAGCCGUAGCUGAAGAUGGGUAGAUAUAGACUGAGGUGUGUGGCACAAAUGGUUUGGACACAGGGCCACGUUGUCCUUAGGUGUGGCAUUCACAGUUGGCUUCCUGGAACACAGCGCAGACAGUGUGCUGUGCACUUGGAACUGCCUGGCUUUGUAGUCCACCCAGAGCCCACGGAGAAGCUGGAAGGAAGCAUAGUGAGAACACUGUGCUGAGGUUCUGCCCCGACAGUGUUUACUAGCCAUGCGAUCAUGUCAGGACACCUGGUUUACAUGAGUCCUCCUUUGUCAUCUUCAACUUCGGAAGAUGAAUCCAUACCUUGCCUUUCCUGUGGUGUGUAUGGUCAAACUGAGCUUUACACAGCAGAGAGAGGGAGGUCAUAGGUUCUUAACAUAGCGCCUUGCUCCACAACAGAGUGGUCUUUGUUGAAUAAGCAAGAAGAAAAAGAUUUCUGAGCAGUUUUAAGUUUUCAAAGGGAAAUUAAAGGGACAUAUAUUGUCCAGUGAUAACUAAAAGCUUUAAAGGCUCUUCUAAGUCAUGACACAUAUUUCACAACUGCAGUUUCGGACUCCCUCUUCCUCAUGUUACGUCAUGAACGUGCCAUAUGUUACUGUGCAUAGUAUACAAAGUAUAUAAUGUGCAAAGUACAUAAUAUAAGUUGUAUUAUGACCGAUUGUGUCCACAUUUUAAUAAUAAAUUAUGAAUGUAUAAUUUAUAAGAAAUAAAACACGUUAACCUCA